AUGGCAUAUUUUAAUUAUCUGCCAAAAGAUGUUCAGAAGGAACUGAAGACAACCGCGAAUGCAAUGGUUGUCAGUGGAAAGGGAUCUGCGGGUAAGAAAUUGUCAUCAAUUGGGGCUAAGAAUGAAGAAGAAUUGAGACGACAGUACAGACAGAUGUUCUUCACGUGUGACCAAACAAUGAAUCAAUACAUAAGUGGUGUUAUUCUGUUUCACGAAACCCUUUACCAAAAGGACGAUUCGGGCACUCCUUUUGUGGAGAUCCUGAAGAAGAGAGGUAUCAUUCCUGGCAUUAAAGUUGAUACAGGAGUUGUGCCCCUUCUGGGCACCAAUGAUGAGUCCACAACACAGGGUUUGGAUGAUCUGCUGAAGAGAUGCGAGCAGUACUACAAAGACGGCUGUCGUUUCGCUAAAUACCGGUGCGUUUUGAAGAUCAAAGAUCACGAGCCCUCACCCCUCGCUAUCCUCGAAAAUGCUAAUGUUUUGGCUCGUUAUGCGUCCACUUGUCAACAGGCAAGACUGGUGCCAAUUGUUGAGCCAGAGAUAGUUCCCGAUGGAAACCAUGACCUCGAAAGGUGCCAAAAGGUUACCGAAAAGGUUUUGGCCGCAGUUUUUAAAGCAUUGAGCGAUCAUCACGUUUAUCUGGAGGGCGCUCUUCUCAAACCAAAUAUGGUGACCGCCGGACAGGAAUGCAAAACUAAAUAUAAACCCGAAGACAUCGGUAGGGCUACAAUCGAGGCUUUGCAACGAACCGUUCCGCCAGCUCUUCCAGGCAUUGUCUUCCUAUCUGGUGGUCAAUCGGAAGAAGAGGCUUCAGUGCACUUGAAUGCAAUCAAUCAAUAUCAGGGAAAGAAACCGUGGGCUCUGACCUUCAGCUACGGUCGUGCCCUUCAGGCCAGUGCUCUAAAGGCGUGGAGCGGGAAAAAAGAGAAUGUAAAGGCCGGACAGAUUGAGUUCCUUAAGAGAGCCAAAGCCAACAGUGAAGCUUCUCAGGGCAAGUAUGUCGGCGGUCAAGCGGGCGCCUCCGCCGGUGAGAAACUCUUCGUCAAAGACCAC